AUGACAUUCUAUGGAGCUUUAACACUACUGUUAGUGAUUUCCUGUGUGUUUUUAGCCUCCCAAACUGUAUUUUCUUAUGGAUUACAGAAGUUCAUUUCAUGGAAUGAUCUGAGAGUUGAUAUGAAGUAUAAGAAUUCAAAUUCCAUGAAUGAGGGAGGAAGAGGAGUCCUGUUUGUUUCCAAGGAUGGCGCCGGGCAUUCGAAGACUGUACAAGGAGCUGUAGAUAUGGUUCCUGCAGGAAAUCAGCAUAGAAUCAAGAUCUAUAUAUCUCCAGGAGUUUAUAGGUCAGUAUUAGCAAGAGAGAAGGUGCUUGUUCCAGUCACCAAGCCUUACAUAUCCUUCGUUGGAAAUCAAAGUGGGGAAACUGUGAUUUCAUGGAGUCUUAGAGCAUCUGAUUAUGAUUCAGCUGGUCAGGCUGUGGGCACCUCAGCUUCUGCUUCUGUAGCCAUAGAAGCUGAUUAUUUCUGUGCCAAUGGAAUAACUUUUGAGAAUACAGCUCCAGGUGCACCGGCAGGAGCAUCAGGAAUGCAGGCAGUGGCACUGAGACUUGCAGGUGACAAAGCCAUGCUCUACCGAUGCCGAAUAUUAGGCCAUCAAGACACACUAUUUGAUCAAAUAGGAAGACAUUUUUUCUAUGAAUGUUACAUCCAAGGAUCCAUUGACUUCAUAUUUGGGAGUGCAAGGUCAUUGUAUCAGGAAUGUACUCUUCAUGUAGUUGCUGAAACCUAUGGAGCGAUCGCCGCCUCACAGAGGAAUUCGCCGUUCGACGAUUCAGGAUUUUCUUUCCAAGGAUGUAAACUAUAUGGAACUGGGAUGGUCUACUUAGGGAGAGCUUGGGGAAAGUAUGCAAGGAUUGUAUAUUCUUACUGUCAGCUUGAAGGCAUUAUUCUAUCUCAGGGCUGGAAUGACUGGGAAGAUUCAACGAGGCAAAGCACUGUAUGGUUUGGAGAAUUCAACUGCAGUGGAAGAGGAGCAGAUUUGAGUAAUAGAGUGCCAUGGGCCAGAUCACUUACAUAUGAAGAAGCAAAACCGUUCUUAGACAAGCACUAUAUUGAUGGCCAUCAAUGGCUGAGUCUGUGA